GAGUUGGUGUCGCAGGGUGUCUUCAGGAAGAUCCACCACGGGUCCGUGCCGGAGGACUUCGCCAACCUCGAUGAUGGCGAUGAUCUGGUGGUUUUAGCGGGCAGCCCGGGGAGCGUGGAGGUCCUGGAAUACUUGGUGGGCUUACCAUCAUCAGCAUCACCGGAACCGCCACAAAAGAAACACAAAGCCACACCAUCGGAUGCAGACAUCCAGCUCCCAUCGGCUUCGACACGCGUAAAGUUGGUCCACUCGUUGUUCACCGGCGUGGACUCUCUGAACCCCUCGCGCUUGCAGAGCAUCCUCGGAAGGCAUGGCAUCCCUCUGUCCAACACCCGGUCCAUUUUCGCAGAGAUGCUCGCCCAGCAUGUCCUCCUCAGCAUCCUCUACUUCAACCGGCAGGUGCCGCAGCUUUUAGCCAAUCGACGGGACCAAAAGUGGGAUCGCUUCGCUUCGCCAUCGACACUCUCAAUGACGAUGGCUGUGUGCGGCUUCGGGGACAUUGGCCGCUGCUGUGCACGGCGGGCGGCACUGGGCUUGGGUUUGAAGAUGCUUGGACUUCAGGGUUAA